AUGACCUCAGAGGCUGAGCAGCUGAGACCAGCUGAGGUUUGUGGGCAGAGCCUCAGAUCUUGCACUGGCAGCACACGGGGACACAGCAGCUGGACUGGGAACAGCAGGGUUUGCAGCAGCUGGACUGGCAGCAGGAUGACCCACAGCCUGAGGAGCAGCAGCAGGGCUUACAGCAGCUGUACUGGGAACAGCAGGGCUUACAACAGCUGGACUGGGAACAGCAGGGCUUGCAGCAGCUGGACUGGCCGCAGGAUGACCCACAGCCUGAGGAACAACAGCAGGGCUUACAGCAGCUGGACUGGGAGCAGCCACAAGAACCACAGCCCCCCUUGGAGCCCCCACAGGAGCCACAGCCCCCCUUGGAGCCCCCGCAGGAGCCACAGCCCCCCUUGGAUCCCCCACAGGAGCCACAGCUGGAGCAGGAACAGGCUGGCACACAGCAGCACACGGGCUUGCAGCAGCAGAUGGGCACACAGCAGCUGGAGCCACAGCCCCCACAGCCGGAGCCACAGCCUCCGGAGCAGCCACAGCAGCCCAUAGUUCUGGUGGAUUGAGGGUGGAGCAGGUAGAGGAGCAGGUGAGAGGAAGUGGCAGGUGCAGGUGUGGAGCUCCCUGAACCCCGGCUCUUUAUAUUCCUGCCCAGGUGUUUUGGGUGUCCCAGGAGCCCAGGAGGCGGUGGUGGCUUGGCUGGCAGGUGGACCAUUGUCCUUGGUGCUCAGGGCUCUCCUCACUGAUGCAGACCCUCCACCCUCUGGCAUUGGUGUUUAUGUCAAUGGUGGUCGUUUUCUCACUCCUAACGACACGGAUUAG